AUGUUGAUUUUGGCAGCCUUUACUUCGUUGGUGGCCGUGGCCACGGCGGUACAAAAUCCGCAUGGCAGAGCUGCAUCUUUCAGAAAGCCUGCGAACGGUCUGCGCAAAAGAGAGCUUCCCGCUGCUUUGACUGAGCAUCAGUAUCUGAAUAACAAGACGGAAAAAUUCCAAGUGAACGGAACUCACUUCCCACAAGUUCCUUUCGACAUCGGCGAAAGCUAUGCCGGUCUUUUGUCGAAUAAGCCUCAUGGAGAAUCGAGCUUGUUCUUCUGGUUUUUCCCGUCUACCAACCCAGCUGCGGAAAAGGAGAUCACCAUCUGGCUGAAUGGAGGCCCAGGAUGCAGCUCGCUUGACGGCCUGUUACAAGAAAAUGGACCCUUCCUAUGGCAAUCUGGAGUGUACGAGCCUGUGCGCAACCCGUACUCAUGGACCAAAUUGACCAACAUCGUCUACAUCGACCAGCCUGCCAGCACGGGCUUUUCCCCCGGACCAUCCACGGUUGAAAAUGAGAUCGAUGUUUCGAAUCAAUUCAACGACUUCUGGGAGCGCUUCAUUAAAACCUUCAGCAUGGAGGGCUACAAGAUUUACCUCACUGGAGAGAGCUAUGCGGGCCAAUACAUUCCGUUUCUGGCAGACGGGAUGUUAAACCGCAACGAUACCACGCAUUUCAACCUCAAAGGCAUCCAGAUUAACGACCCUUCCAUUAAUGAUGAUGAUGUUAUGAUCUAUGCCCCGGCAGUGGCAGCGCUGAACCACUACUCCUCCGUUUUCGCACUGAACGACACCUUCAUGACAGAAAUCAACCACCGCGCCGACAAAUGCGGCUACACCAAAUUCUUAGACACAGCCCUAACCUACCCCCCACCCAAGAACUUCCCGACCGCACCAGACCCCAACAAGCCCGGCUGCGACGUCUGGGACGAGAUCGUAAAAGCAGCAAUCUACGUGAACCCCUGCUUCAACAUGUACCACCUAACAGACUUCUGCCCCUUCCUCUGGGACGAAAUGGGCUUCCCCUCGUUAGCCGGCGGACCCAACAACUACUUCAACAGCACCGCCGUCCAAGCAGCCCUCAACAUCCCACCAACAAACUACGCAGUCUGCGGCCCCCGAAUCUUCAACGACGGCGAUAAUUCCGUUCCCAGCGCACUCGGUCCCCUCCCUAGCGUCAUCGAGCGCACCAAUAACGUCCUCAUCGGCCAUGGCUGGUACGAUUACCUGCUCUUCGCCAACGGAACCCUCGCUACAAUCCAGAAUAUGACUUGGAAUGGAGCGCAGGGAUUCCAGAGACCUCCUGACGGGCCAUUGUUUGUGCCGUAUACGACUGCUCUCGAUGAUAUUGCUAAUGGGGCGGGGAGUACGCCUUGGACUGCUGAUUCCGGUGGCGGUAUUCUCGGAACGGCCCAUACCGAGCGUGGUCUGACCUUCAGCUCGGUCUAUACUGCCGGUCAUGAGAUCCCACAGUACACUCCCGGCGCGGCUUAUAGGCAGUUGGAGUUCUUGCUUGGGAGGAUUAAGAAUCUUCAGCAGACGGGGUCUUUUACGACAUUGUAA